CGCAGUUGCGCGGUAAAGUUGAUAUUCACGGCCGGGCCUACUUGUAGUCUGAUCUUUUGUGACACUCUGCUUCUCCACACUCUUUUGCUCUACCUCCAAUAUUAUGGCAUCCACAAUCGUCAACUCAAAUCCUCCAAAGUGGAUCGUUGGCUGGUUCUUUAUUUCAAGCUUGGUGGUGUUUUGGGAUGCUGGUUACUGUCUUUUGAGACCCCUCAGUAUGGCAGGUGGAAAGUACAAUUGGAUUUGGCGUCCUUAUAAUCUGUAUGCUACUGUCGAUUACUUCUAUGGACCUGAGGCAAUUGCAGCAAACGAUGGUUUUACAAGUGCUCAGUCCGUCAUGAAUGUUGUGGAGAACAUCGUCAACCUCACCUAUGUCUAUCUCGCCACCAACCCCAAGAUCAAUGUUGGCUUUGCUAACUUGGUCGGAUUCAGCGGUGCCGUUAUGACUCUCUCAAAGACCAUUCUGUACUGGCUCAACGAUCAUUGCUCUGGCUGGGCUCAUACAAAGCACAACGAUCUCCAAACUUUUAUCACACUUUGGGUGAUCCCUAACGGUGUGUGGAUUGUUGUUCCCGCCAUCAUUACUGUUGUCCUUGGAACCGACUUGGUUAAGCGUAUGGGUGGUGUUUCGGUAGCUAGUACAAAGAAAGUUCAGUAAAAGUAAUAAAUAGCAUGCUCUCAAGAGCCUGGCGGUUUAAUUUUACUUAAAAA